AUGCCAUCUUCACAAUGCAGCUCUGUUUCAUCAUCACCCUCUCAAUCCUCUUCGAGAUCCAAUACUAUCAAUAACGAAUCAUUGAUGCUUUCUCCUCCGAGAGAGAACAAGCAAAGAAGACGUCUCAUAAAAACCAGUGAUGACCAUUCUCGGAGAAGAAGAAAGGAAUCCUCGUCUUCAACAGCAUCAGCAUCGGAAUUGUCGACAAAACCAAAACUAACACUCAAGAGAAAGAAUCAUUUGAACAGCAACAAUAAUAAUAAUAAUGGAGAGUCAUCAUCUUCUUGUUCACCCUCAUCAUCAUCCAAGAAAUUGAAACAUUCUACUACUAUUGAGGACAAUGAUGAUAUGGCACAAAUACUGAUCGAUGAUGAAAAUGGUAAAGAAAAUAAGCGACCGCAAAAUGUAAAAGCUUCUUCGAGCUCUCGUCAUGCAGAACCUUCGUCGUCAUUAUCAUCAUCGGAACCUGAAACAUGUAUCAUAUGUUUGUGUGAAAUGUCCUAUCCAUUGGCUAAGCUUAAUCAUUGCACCCAUAAAUUCUGUCAUGCAUGUAUCGAUAUGUGGAGGAAGAAAUCAAAUACAUGUCCAGUGUGUAAGGCUCGCUUCACUUCCUUGAGAGUCUUUGAGAACAAGGAAACAAGCACUUACAAGGUUAUUCCAGUUCGAAAGAAGGUCUUUGAAAUUACUCCAGAAGAAAUGGUCAACGGUUUCUAUAGAAAUGAACGAGAUGACUAUGAGGAGGAUGAUGAAACAUUUAUCAAUGACGACGAAGAAUUUGAUGGAUUUAUUGAUGAGAAUGGAGAAUUAUACUUGGGUGAAGCACAAGAGGAUCCUCGCUAUUCGUUACGGAGACACACACGAGGAAAUGGUGACGAACCAGAGAAUUCGGAAGAUGAAGAGGAUGAUGAUGCCAAUGCUAGUGAUGCAGAUGAGCAUGGAAAUUUAGCCGGUUUUGUUGAAGAAGAUCCAAAUGCUCCACAUACCAAUGAUGAUGAGAGCUUUGUUUUAAAUGAAGAUGACGAGGAUGAAGAAGAAGAUUUUGAACUUUCUCAAGUGUCACUUGUGGAUGAGCAUGACUCGACCAUUGUGGCAACUCCAGAAAGACCUAGGAAUGCAUCUCCAUUCAGAAAAAGACCUAACAAUCAAUUACCACAUCAUGUGAUUGAUAUUUCUUCACCCAAUGAGAACGCAUCGAGAAAAUCUAACCGCACAGCUCCUCGGAAUAGAAUCAUUAAUGUUGAGGAAGAGGAAAAUAACAAGGAGGAAGAGGAAGUCAUCGAAGAGGAUGAUGUCACCGUGGUGGUUGACCCAAAUGAAAUUCAGGAAAUUAUUGAAAUUUUGUAA